GCUGCAGGUGGAUGGAUGUUCUGGUCUCUGCGUGGGAACGUCAGAGAAUCUCAGAGCUGAAGGAGUCCACAUCAUGGCCUUCCAGGACAGAGAUCCAGCUCGGCCAGACAGAGGACGGCGCCGGAAGGGUGAGCUGCUGUAUCGCUCUGCCAGUCCCACCAGGAGUCUUUUCCACCAUUCUACGUUCAACCGUCCCCCCAGCCCCCCCGGCCCCCGCGGCCCCCUGCAGCAGGACUCCCCCCCCAAGUCUCACCGCAGGCUGAGCUUCAGCGGGAUCUUCAGGUCUGCCUCCAAAGAGUCAAACCAGCAACCCUCGCCUUCGACCCCCGUCAAACUGCUUGGACGGAACCGCAGAGAGAAAAGCCGAGGUGAGGAUGGCGUUGACUGCUGGUGGGUCUGUGGGGUUUUAGGCAGCCUGAGUUCUGAACAGGUCUCUCAAAUGGACCAGAACCUCUUUGGUUUCUGUUCUAAAGUCAAGUAGAACCUUGGAGAACCAGCAGACGUUCUAGUCGGGUUUAAAUAGGGUCAGAGUCUGCUAGAAACGGCCCCUCCCUCUGGGUGUUCCACA